UUUAGCAAUAAAAUGAAGACAUGGCGUGGUCACCUGCUGAAACUGUUCCUGUUCUGCAGGUGGACAAGGAGGAACAUGCGGAGACCCUGCACGCUGCUGCUCUGGCAGGUGGCUCUCAGGUUAUCUUAUCAUGUUGUUACAGCCAGUCUGUGUCUGGGCGGCUCAGACAUCUUUGCAUCGGUCAGAGAGAACAGUCCAAUGGGUCAGUUUAUCUCAAACCUAAGCAUCACUGGAGAACCAGGAGCCAACACCAUCCGACUGUGUCUGACUGGAGACAACGCCGACUGGUUCUACUUAGAGGGUCGAACCAUCAGACUGAACACCUCUGCUUCCAGAGUCCUUGACCGAGAGGUUCAGGGAGCCGUGCUGAUAGCAGAGAUGACUUGUUAUGAGGAUGAUGUCAUACAGAGUAGGUACAGAAUCUUGGUGGAGAUUGUAAAUGAAAAUGAUAACAGACCAAACUUUCUGGAGGAGACCAUUCAGCCGUUCACCAUCAGUGAGCUGACAGCAGUGAACUCUGUGGUUUUCACUGUGAGGGCAGUUGAUGCAGAUGGAGACAUGAUCACUUACAUCGUCGAUCAUUCAUCACGUGAUGCAUGGUUCUUCCGGAUCGAUCUACCAAAUAGCGGAAACAUAGUUCUAAACAAACCUCUGGACUACGAGACCAGAUCUCACCUGCAGGUGAUCAUCUGGGCCCAGGAAGCAAACACUGUGGAAAAAUUCAACACGUCUGCUGUUCUGAGGGUGAACAUUGAGGAUGGAGAUGACCAGUAUCCACACUUCCUGCCCUGUACACCUGUCUCACCAGGUGUUCCGGUCUGCAUGAACCCUACCUACACUGCCAACAUCACACACAAACAGCAGGAGCGAGUUCUGGAGUUUUCUCCCGGUCCCAUUAGAGCAGAGGAUGGAGACAGAGGAAUCAACACUUCUCUGAUCUACAGCAUCCUGUCAGGUGGUGAUCAGGACAGGUUUGUGAUCAACAACAGGACAGGUGAGAUUAGGUUAACCAGACCUGUGAACAGCCGACAAGUGAUGUCGAACUUCACACUCAUCGUCAUGGUGUGUCAGGCGAAUGACCACCUGAAGUACAGCGUGGCAUCGGUUCUGAUCAGAGUUCUCAGUGAGAACAUGUUCCCUCCGGUCUUCAACAGAACCACCUUUAAAGGUUUCAUCAUCCAGAACUCUAGCCCCGCCUCCAUCGUCUCCACCUAUGGAAACCAGGUGUUACAGGUCCAGGUGUCAGACCGCGACUUCUCUGAUGGCUUUAAUCCAAACAUCCUCUACUCCCUCCAUCCUCCAUCUGGACUAUACCAAGUCACCCAGGGUGGGGUUCUGAUUGCCAGGACGGACCGACUGAACCCCUUUGACAGACACAUUCUGCAGGUUGUAGCCAGAGAUGAAGAAUCAGGAGAAGAAGUUUCAGCUUCAGUGGACAUUGAAGUCCUGCAGAGAGGACAGUCAGUCCCUCGAGGUGCUUUCACUGAGCAGCAGUUGUUUGCAGAUGUGGACAGCAGACUUGCAGGAGGAAUCGCAGCAAUGAUCCUGCUGUUGUUUCUGUCAUCUGUUCUGUUUCUGCUGCUUCGAACCAUCAGGAGACGACAGCAACAAAGAAAUGAUGAACAUGCUGCCAUCGCCCUUGAAAAACAUCCCAACGUGGUGGGCUCCAGUCGACAGGUGUUGUCCAUGGAGGAGUCUUUGUACAGUAGCAGAGCCUUGAGACAUGAAUUUGAGUCUUCUUCAGAGACAGAAAGUUUCCAUGGCAGACAGGGAGUGUAUACCCAGAGACGCUCUCUGCUUUCUCCUCCUCUAUCAUCAUCAUCAAACAUUAUCACUGGUGAUCCUGAAGGAGGAUCCGGACUCCACUCUGAGCCGUUUCCUGUCAUAGAAAAACCAGAGGAUCAACGCGAGGCAACAGAAAACAUCAGACUACCUGAUGUUAGAGAAAGUUUCUCAGGUGUUGAUGAUGGUCACAGCAGUAAACUCAAAUGAAAUUCAAACAAACCAAUCAGAGGUGACAUUACAAAAGUAGGGGGAUUCAUACGCUUAGAUGGCGUCUCUCGUCUCUGCAGCAGCCAAUCACAGACCAGAAACAAAUCACUCAGCUGAUUCACUGAACGUUUUGCUCGCCAUUAAACAACCAAACCAGAGUUUAAAUCUUGUUUAUUUUCCUUUUAUUGUUGCAUUUAUGUUCUUGUUCAUAGUGAGAAGUGAGUUUUUGAACUGCUGAUUAAUGUUUCCACAAAUGAAAAUGUUAUUUUAAUUCAUUUGUUCAAACAAACACAAACAUGUGACUGAAGAAACAGUAAAAACAGUCAUGAAAUGGAACGCAUCUCGGUGUAUUCAGCAGUGGUAAAAAUGAAUAAGAUGAUCAUUUAAAGUCUG